CGGCCGUCGUUGGCUGGAUCGGGUCACCGCCGGUUCGACCUUAGGGUUUUGCUUGGGGUCAUGGGCCCGUGGCCUAUACACGUCAGCUGCGGGGAGCCGUUGCCGCAUCUCAGCAUUAAGGAUACUCCCAUUGAAACCUCCUCAGCUCAGUACAUCCUCCAGCAAUACACAGCAGCAUCAGGAGGUGUAAAGCUCCUGAGUUCGAUCAAGAACUCUUAUGCCAUGGGCAAGCUCAAAAUGAUCACAUCAGAGCUAGAGACAGCGACGAGGGUCGUGAAGAACCGCCACGCUUCAAAGGCUGCAGAAUCUGGUGGGUUCGUGCUUUGGCAGAUGUCCCCUGAGAUGUGGUAUGUUGAGCUCGCAGUCGGGGGCAGCAAGGUUCAUGCUGGAUGCAAUGGGAAGCUUGUGUGGAGACAUACCCCUUGGCAUGGUGCUCAUGCUGCUAAGGGCCCCAUUAGGCCUCUUCGUCGAGCUCUUCAGGGCCUCGAUCCCUUGACCACUGCAAGCAUGUUUGCAAAUGCUCGUUGCAUUGGUGAAAAGAAAGUAAACGGUGAAGAUUGCUUUAUCCUCAAGCUCUCUGCUGAUCCUCAAACUCUAAAAGCAAGAAGCGAAGGCCCAGCUGAAAUCAUAAGGCACUAUCUCUUUGGUUAUUUCAGCCAGAGAACUGGUCUCCUCGUCCAUAUGGAGGACUCACACCUAACUCGAACUCAAUCAACCACUGGGGGUGAUGCACUAUAUUGGGAGACCACAAUCAACUCGUUUCUUGACGAUUAUCGCUCUGUUGAGGGCGUGAUGAUUGCUCAUUCUGGUCGUUCUGUUGUAACCCUUUUCAGAUUUGGUGAGGUUGCUAUGAGCCAUACGAAGACUAGGAUGGAGGAGUCUUGGGCGAUUGAGGAGGUUGCUUUCAAUGUCCCUGGCCUUUCAAUGGAUUGCUUCAUCCCUCCCGCUGAUAUAAAUAAGAAAGCUAUGAUGAUGGGGAGUCAUCAGGCAAAGGCUGCAGCUCUCGAGAAGCAAGAUGGUCAGAUUGGUGAUAAUGUCUUGUGGAGGGUGGAAGUUUAAAGUUUUGGAUAUUGUAUGUAGGAUUUAAAAGGAUAAGCGGAACUGAAUCCAAUUGUUCAUAGUAGAGGAUUCAGAGUUCAGUAACGAGAAUUGUUCUCUGUAUAUAAGAGCAUAACUUUUCACAAGAGGGUCAUUUCCUUAUUUCUCUCAGGCCUAGGUGAAUCUUUAUACUCUCAGAAUGCAGAAAAGUUCUGUAGGUCGAUUUGAUUCGGUUCUCCUUCCAUUUUUUUUACGCAGGAGGAAAAGGAUCACGGCGAUCCUGUAAUACUAAUUGUCAUCCUGGAGGCAACAAAAGGGUAUGCCUCCAGCGAUCUGUGACUGCUUUUGAUUUGUUUUAGGGUUCGUGUUCUUCGUGCUAUGUGCGUUCUUUUGUUGUUCGGAGCUAAUGGUCAUGGGUGGAUGUAAUAUGCUCGGAGCUUGGCAUUUCCUGUUGCGUGCUGUAACUGAAUAUCCCCUUAUACUACGUGUAUUUUUGAUA